AUGUAUUCCGGUCACGAAGAGGAAAAUGCUCCACACACUCAGGGAGUUGCUCUAAUGCUGUUCAAAGUAGCACGGAAUUCACUUAGGCUGCAGUCAAUCAUAGAGAAGUGUCCAAGAAGGGACCUCACAAUUCUGAUGCGAGAUCUAAGCGCCAAAAGAAACCAAAAUGGAGGAAGAUUUGCAAAUUUGUGUGCAUUCAACAAAUUGGUCAUAGGAGGCACAAUAUUUCCACACAAGCGUAUACACAAAGCUACAUGGAUCUCACCAGAUCACACCAUAGAGAACCAGAUAGAUCAUAUUUGCAUCAACAAAAAAUUCCAAAAGACAAUGGAAGAUGUGAGAAGCAGGAGAGGAGCUGACAUAGCUUCAGAUCACCACCUAGUUCUAAAGAAAAACUGGACAACUGGACAAACAGCAUUACAAAGGUUCAAUACAGCCUUCCUUCGAGAUACUGACAAACUCAGUGAAUUCAAGAUAGCUCUCAACAACAGGUUCCAAGCCUUUCAAGAUCUACUGAAGGAAGAAGAAACUGCUAUGGAGGACAACUGGAAAGGCAUCAAAGAAACAUUGACUUCAACGUGCCAAGAGGUUCUGGGCCUAAAGAAAUACCAUCAUAAGGAAUGGAUCUCUACAGAAACACUGGACAAGAUCAAAGAAAGGAAGAACCAGAAGACAGCAAUUAACAUCGGCCGAACACGAGCAGAGAAAGUCAAAGCACAAGUUGAGUGCAUAGAAGCAAACAAGCAAGUGAAGAAGAGCAUUAGGGCCGACAAGCAGAAAUACGUGGAAGAACUAGCAACGACAGUAGAGAAAGCUGAAAGAGAAAGAAAUAUUGAAAAACUAUGUGACACAACGAAGAAACUAGCAGGGAAAUAUAGUAAACCAGAGAGACGGGAACUCUUGAAUGGACCUGCUCCAUUGAAUCCAUCGGAUAUCGAAGCAGCACACACAGAUCUACCUAUAGAUGUCAAUCCACCAACAACGGAAGAAAUUAGGAUAUCUAUUAUUCAAGCUGAUUAG